AUGGAAAAACGAGAUGAGAUCAACAAGGCUCAAUUCGAGGCUUUGAACACUCAAUUGGCCAAUCUCACCAACAUGCUCUCAAAAAUGAACAUGUCAAGCCAACCACCAACUCCCAAUAACAACACCACUCAACCCUCAAGCUCAUCCAACCUUCCAUCCCAACCCCAACCAAACCCAAGAGGCGGUCUUAAUGCCAUUACUCUAUGGUUGGGGACUACAUUAGAGGAGAUACCUCCAAGGGCUAUGGGAGAAAUGCAUGAGGAAGAGGUAGUUGUUGGAGCUCCAUAUGAAGGAGAUGUGGUAGACAAAAGGCAUAAGGAAGAAGGAGUCAACCUCAAGAAACCCAAGAGGAAAGCCGUAGUUGAUAAGUCAAUUCCCAUUCCAUUUCCUUCUAUGGUGAAGAAAGCGAAGAAGACACCGGAAUUUGAUUUGGAUAUGCUUCAAGUGUUCAAAAAGGUCAAGGUGACCAUACCACUCCUUGACGCUAUCCAACAAAUUCCCAAGUAUGCAAAAUUUUUGAAAGACUUGUGUACACACAAGAAUAGGUUAGGAGAAUUGGAGACACUAUCCUUGGGUAGUUCGAUUUCUUCCUUGAUAGAACCUAUUCCAAAACAAUAUGGUGACCCUGGACCGUGCUUAGUGUCUUGUCGUAUUGGUGGAUACACAUUUCAUGAUUGUAUGUGUGACUUGGGAGCUUGUGUAAGCAUCAUGCCACUGUCCAUCUAUGUGCGGUUGAAUUUAGCUCCCUUGAAGAAGUCAGCGGCGAGGUUUGCCUUAGCUGAUAAAAGGGUGAUCACGGUAAUGGGGAUAGCUGAAGAUGUACUCGUGGCAAUUAAGGAUUUGGUUUUUACGAUUGACUUUUACAUCCUUGAGAUGCCUCCAACGGAAAGUAGAAGCUCAUCUUUCGUCCUACUUUGUAGACCCUUUCUCAAAACCUCCAAAUUCAAGUUGGAUGCCUUCACCGUUAUAUAUUCUUUUGGGGUUGGAGACAAGACUAUCAAGUUCAAUUUAGAGGAAGUCAUGAAACAUCCUCCUGAAGAACACUCCAUGCUCCGAUGUGAUAUGAUUGAUGAAGUGGUAGCGGAAGUGCAAGAAGAGAAUCAGGAAAAAUUGUGCUAUCCCACUGUUGAGGAGAUGGAUGACCAAGAGGAUGAACCCGAAGAAGUUGUCAAGAGUGAAAUCCAUGAGCUUGAUGGGAAGGAACCUCAUCUUGAGACAAAAAGUGAAUUGAAGCCCCUUCCAUCUCAUUUGAAGUAUGCUUUCUUAGAGGAGAACCAAAGAUUUCCGGUCAUUAUUGCUAGUGAGCUCUCAAGUGAAGAAGAAGGGAAGCUCCUAGAUGUUCUCAAGAAGCACAAGAAAGCAAUAGGAUGGAGCCUAGCGGAUAUUGUGGGAAUUGACCCCCGCAAGUGCAUGCAUAGGAUAUUUCUCCAAGAUGGAGCCAAGCCAGUUAGGCAACCGCAAAGGAGGCUCAACCCCACCAUCCUUGACGUAGUGAAGAAUGAGGUUACCCGACUGCUGGAUGCGGAUAUCAUAUACCCUAUUUUCGACAGUGAGUGGGUAAGCCCGGUUCAAGUUGCUCCCAAGAAGUCGGGCAUCACAACGGUCAAGAAGGACGACGGAGAAAUGGUCACUAAAAGAGUACAAAAUGCGUGGCAAGUAUGCAUUGACUAUAGAAGAUUGAAUGCCGCCACACGAAAGGACCAUUACCCCUUACCCUUCAUCGAUUAG